CAUCAUUCUGUCAGUGAAUAUUUCUUUCAAGUUCUCAGAAAAAUUCAUCUAUUUGUACAAUAUGCUUCAAUUGCUCUAAUUGUGUGACCAUUUUCCUGUUUCUUAUUGAGCUGAGUUCUGAGUCUCCCUACUGUUUAUAAUUUCUUGUUAGGUUCUUUAAUCCAAUUGCCUUCAGCAGCUAGAACUAAUGUACUCUUGAUCAGAUUCUUGAUAAUGGUCAUAAGUAUUUCCACUGCAGCCUCUUAUUAAUGAUAGAUUAAGAAACACUUAUAGGGGCAAAGGAUCAGUUUUGUUAAUAUAAUAAGAAAACUUUAGCUGAAUAACAUUUCUCUGCUUUCAUUUCAAUCGUGCUCAAGCUAUUCCAUUUUGUGGAAUCAUUUAUAAUCUGGCUUGUGUACAGGUUCUUAAGAAACAAUCAGUCGAAAAUGGCAGCCUUUCGAGCUUUCUGGAGCAGCCCAGUAGGUCCAAAAACAACUCACUUUUGGGGACCUAUUGCUAAUUGGGGAUUUGUUGCUGCUGGAUUGGCAGAUACACAGAAACCCCCGGAGAUGAUAUCUGGCAACAUGACUGGAGUAAUGUGUAUAUAUUCAGCAUUGUUCAUGAGGUUCGCCUGGAUGGUGCAGCCCCGCAAUUAUCUGCUUCUAGUAUGCCAUGCCUCCAAUGAGACAGUGCAGCUCUAUCAGCUUUCUCGUUUUGUGAAGGCCCAGGGGUACUUGGACCAAAAGAAAGAGGAAGCUAAAGAACAGUAGCAUGUGGAUCAUGUUUUCUUCUACCCCUUUAGUUAGGGGUUCUUGCUUGAUCUCAUGCAGACACUAUUAUUAUUUUCUGUAUAUUAUUUUUUUCAAAGGGCAGACACAUUUUGGAGAAAUUGAGUUAUUCAUCGUUGGCCCAUUUCAUUAAAUAUAUAUUUGUUGGAGUUUUAAGUUUCAAAACAACUCUUUUCUUUUGUUUAAGUUCUUUGUUACAAGCGAAGCAUGUGAGCUAAAGUC